AUGAACGCCUUGUUCGGCGGCGGCCAGGUCAGUGAUUGGCUGCCUAGUACUCAAGCUGCUUCCGGUUCCGGAGACCCGGCUGGCGUGGACCUCCUUGUGACCGGCCCGAAUGAUAGUGUAACCUCUACAGCGGCCGGUACCGGCACAUGCAACGCCUGGCUGGCCGGAUUACCGGGCCGCUUGAAUCCCGGCCUCGGAUUGGUGGGCUGGCUAGCUGGGGCUGGGGAAGAAGCGGUUGGCUAUCCAUUCGGACCCGCUGGUGGACUAGGAAUCGAUGGUUUUGGCUUAGUCGGCCUCGAAGCUGGCUGGGGCGGCUUUAUGUUUGGUGGAGCUGGUGGCCUGUGUCCCAUAGCUGGCGGGCUUCUGGGUUGUGGUGGAGAUCUUGGAGGUGCAACCACUCUCACGGCUGGCGGUAGUGGAGGUGGAACAGGAGGCAUUACAUCGGGUUUGGGUACGACUGUAGUCGGGGUUCCGUGUGAUGGUGGGGCUUUUGGCGGCUCUGGAUCAAUUGGAGUUGGAGCGUUAGGUGUUGCUGGUGUG